UUUGUUUCUUCUCUUUGGAUGAUCAGUUUCGCGGGAACUCCAGUGUAGGCGGCUUUUUUCUGAGUUAGUACAGGUUUAUAGUGGUUUAUAUUUGAUUUAAAACCGGGCGUUUAGGUGUUCAGGAUGCUGUUUCGUUUUGUCGUUGAUCGAGGAGUGGGUAAAAGAAGAAGUCACGAUAAGCGUGUGGAUUACCCAUUGUCGUCUCUGCUGGAGUGUUUCCAGUGCUCCCGUCACGAUGAGCACGUGUCUUACGGAGAAUCGGGUGUCACUGUUCCUCCGUUCGGAUGCACGUUCUCCACAGCUCCUGGGCAGAGCAGCACACUGGCUGUAGCGAACGAGGAAGGGAUCGUGAGCCUUUAUAACACUGAGAAACGCAGCACUGUACUGAAAGAAUGGCUGGCGCAUGAUAACGCGGUGUUUGAUAUCGCCUGGGUCCCCGGAGCAAACAGCCUGGUGACGGCGUCGGGGGAUCAGACAGCCCGGCUGUGGGACGUGAUCUCCGGGGAGCUGCUGGGAAGCUUUAAAGGGCAUCAGUGCAGCCUGAAGAGUGUGGCCUUUCCCAAACAGGAGAAAGCUGUUUUCUGCACUGGAGGCAGGGACGGGAAUAUCAUGCUGUGGGACAUGAGGUGCAGUAAGAAAGACGGCUUCUACAGGCAGAUGAAGCAGAUAAGUGGAGCUCAUAUGAAGAUGGUGAGAAACACGCCACAAACAAAGAAAAAACGAGUGCCGUCCAGAGGAAUGGCUCCUUCUGUGGACUCUCAGAGAGGUGUGACUGCUGUUCUUUUCCGUGACGAGAACACGCUCAUCUCGUCAGGAGCUGUCGAUGGGAUGAUUAAGAUGUGGGAUUUGAGGAAGAGUUACACGGCGUACCAGCAGAACCCCACACCACUCCAGAGCUAUCAUUACCCAGGAACCUCCACACGCAAGCUGGGUUAUUCAGGUCUGACGUUAGACUCCACGAGCUCCCGACUGUUCUGCAGCUGCACAGACGACAAUAUUUACAUGUUCGAUAUCAGUGGAUCGAGAACUACAUCGGUGGCUGUGUUCAGUGGUCAUCGGAACUCCUCGUUCUACGUGAAGUCCAGCGUAAGUCCAGACGAUCAGUUCCUGGCUAGUGGGUCGAGUGAUGGCCACGCUUAUAUCUGGAAGAUCUCCGACCCGGCUCAGGCUCCUGUGAUGCUUCAGGGUCACAGCCAGGAAGUGACCUCGGUCACCUGGAGCCACUCUGAUUUCACGAAGAUUGCGACCUGCUCUGAUGAUAACACCGUGCGGAUCUGGAGGCUCAGCCGCAGCGUAGAUGGAGCAGCAGGAAAUUUAAACCUCAUAGGCUGGGCCCGACGCAAAAUCCAGACCCCAUCCCGACCAUCUGGUGGCCCGUUCCCCCUGACCGAAGGAACCCCUGUUCGGAGCAGCAGGUCAGGCAGAGACGACUCUCUCUUGUCCCCUCGGCCUGGCUCGUGCGCCCCCAGUGUUGCUGACUUCCCUCCUCCAUCUGUCACCUCCUCUCCCACUGAUACGCUCUGCCCGCCCCAGAACAAAACCCCGCUCUCCGUCCCCGUCGUGACCACGCUCAGCUCUGAGAGGCGUGCCAAACGGCGCCUAGACACGAGUGAGACGACAGCGGGGGAAGACGAGAGCGAUGGAGUGUCGGAGCUCUAUUUGGACUGUAAGAGGAGUCGGGGGUCUGCGAGCGCUUUCUGCCCAUCAACAGUGGAAAGAACGGAACAGAAGGAGGAGAGGAUCAGCUCGUCUGUGCAGGCUGAUAAGGAGAACAGCUCGCCGCUGAAAGCUGACUGGCUUUCCGCGAUGAGCCGAAAACUGAAGCAAUCUCAAAGCGGAGCUACGUUCUCGAAAAGCCCUAAUGCUGGAAAGAGACAAGACUCGAGGACACAGUCCCUCUCUGUACUGAGCUCUCAGCAGUCUGGAAAGAAGUCCUCAUCCCCACAGGCGAAGAGAAUUUCCUCUCCAGCUUCGAUGAAAAAGAUUUCUGCGUAUUUUCAGAAAACAGCACAAGACUGAUGCUCAUGCACGUUCACUUUCUUGGGGAAAUCUGACCAAGGCUCGGACUUUCCUGCUCCUGGAAGGGGUUCAUAGAAGAGGGAAGAAAACUACACUAAGUUUUUAAAAGAAAUAUCCAACACGGUGUUAUACUGUACAAAUUUUACCCUCCAUCUUUUGUCUUUUUAGUAAGAUGUAUUUUAGAGGGAUUUUUUUUAUGCAAAUGGACAUUCUAUUUGAGAAAUGUAUACGCGUGUGUGUAUAUACGAGACUGUACAUUUAACUUUUACCUUUGCUAAAAUCAUUUUGCAAAGCUGUUAUUAACGGAGUGUUCACAUAAGUGUGUGUGGUCAGCUUUGUAAGGCAUGCUUUUAUAUUGUUUGUUUUUCUUUAAGAAGAUGUAUUUGGUUUGUUCUUCCAGUUCUCUUAACUGUUGGAUUCUGUCUUGGUGUGACCUGGUGAUUAAAUACAGACUCU